AUGGCCGAACCCUUCCUGACCGAAGGUCUUGUGACCCUCUGGCAUUCCUACCGUCUCCCUAUUCUUAUCGCUAUCGCCUCUGUCGCUAUUAUUCUGCAAGCCUAUCGUAGGUUCCAACCCAAGUCCAAAGCCGUAACCGCGUCCUCAAUCCCGCCAUCCCCUCGGAGCCAAACCCCAGAGAAAUUCGAACAGAUUCGUACUGGUGAGCGUGAGACACCGGCAGUCGCGGAGGAAAGUGUUCCAAAGCCUGCUGUUAGAAAUGAUCCGGUCCCGAAGGUUGUAUCUGGGCCUAAGAGAGUAUCUGGGAAAAAGCCACUGAAGGUUGCUGGACGCCGUCGGGAGGACCAGGAACCUCCGUUGUCUUUCAUCCAGCCUAUCAUUUUCUUCGCCUCGUUGACUACUACUACGGAGAGAUACGCUCAGAUAUUGCUGGAGGAUCUGCGGACAGCAGCGAAGGAGAGAGCCGAUCCCGAGAACCGUGAGCGUGGUCUUCUUCCUCCCCAAAUCCACGACCUGUCAUAUAUUGACUUUGACGACUACUUCACCACGGCGCCGAAGCCUCCGCCCACCUCUCCUGGCACACGCUAUGUAUACUGCUUAUUGAUCCCUACCUACAACAUCGACACCAUCCUCAACACUUUCCUUAGCCAUUUGGAUGAAACCCACCAUGAUUUCCGCAUUGAUACCUCGUCUUUGUCAACAUUGGCUGGUUAUUCAGUUUUUGGGUUCGGUGAUAAAGAGGGUUGGCCUACCGAGGAAGAAGGAUUCUGCUCGCAAGCCAAGGAAUUGGAUCGUUGGAUGGCAAAACUUACUGGCAAAAAGAGAGCGUAUCCUUUGGGAUUUGGUGACGUCAAGAGUGAUGCUGAAUCUGCCUUCAAAGAGUGGUCCCGCGGGUUACAGGACAUUUUCUUCGACAUUCUUGAUAAUGGUGGCCUCGGUGAAGGUGUUCCUGGUAGCGGCGAUCCGCUCGAGAGUGACGAGGAGGACCUGGAUGACGAAGAGAACGACGGAAAAGGCACUAAACGACGCAAUGGCCAAGAUGUAGUUGAUCUAGAGGAUAUCAAGAUGGGCUCUGAUGGACAGACUGGAUCUGGUCCUGUCCCGGUGGACUUUACCACAGUGGGCAAGUCCGCGGCACCCAGCCAAUCAACUGAGAAGGAAAUGGUUCCCAAGACAUCGCCCACAUACGCUGCGCUCACGAAACAAGGAUAUACUAUCGUCGGCUCUCACUCCGGUGUAAAGAUCUGCCGUUGGACCAAGUCCGCUUUGCGUGGCCGAGGUUCGUGUUACAAGUUCUCGUUCUACGGUAUUCGAUCCCAUCUGUGUAUGGAGGCAACUCCUUCGCUUUCUUGCAGCAACAAAUGUAUUUUCUGUUGGCGUCAUGGCACCAACCCUGUCGGGACGACUUGGCGCUGGAAGGUAGAUUCACCAGAGUUGAUUUUCCAAGGCAUUAAGGAGGGUCACUACAAAAAGAUCAAAAUGAUGCGUGGUGUUCCUGGUGUCCGUGCAGAGAGAUUCGCGGAGGCGAUGCGUAUUCGUCACUGCGCCCUGAGCUUGCUCCUGGUGUGCAACGCUCAACAUCCCGAUCAACUUGAAACGCUGCAUCGUGUGACCCAAUUGUACGUCUCGAUCGAUGCUAGCAACCGUGAAAGUCUGCGAAAGAUUGACCGCCCGCUUCACCGAGACUUCUGGGAACGAUUCCAGCGGUGCCUGGAUAUCCUGCGGGAAAAGCGUCACGUCCAGCGGACUGUCUUCCGUCUCACCUUGGUUAAAGGAUUUAACGUCGACGAUGAGGUGGUUGGAUACGCGAAUCUGGUCGAGAAAGCGUUGCCGUGCUUCAUUGAAAUCAAAGGUGUGACCUUUUGCGGCACUAGCACUAGUGCCGGAGUAGGAUUAACCAUGCAAAACGUGCCUUUCUAUGAAGAGAUUCAGGAAUUCGUUGUGUCCUUGAAUAAGGAGCUCGAGCGCCGCGGAUUGGACUACGGAAUUGCUGCCGAGCAUGCCCACAGUUGUUGUGCGCUGCUUGCUUCGACGCGGUUCCAUGUGAAUGGUAAAUGGCAUUCUCGCAUUGAUUACGAUCGCUUUUUUGAACUCCUGGAAAAGGAGAAAGCCGACGGUACGCCAUUCCGCCCUGAAGACUACAUGAGGGAGACGGAAGAAUGGGCUUUGUGGGGUAACGGUGGCUUCGACCCCAAUGACCAACGUGUUUACACGAAGGGUAGCAAGAAGGGCCUCCACCUGGCUGCGACUAAGUGA